AUAAGCUAUGCUACAAUCUUAAUUGAGUAGUUGUCAUGUCAACUAUAAAAAUAUAUAAUCUACUUCUCGUUGAUCUACUUAUCGAAUGUCGAGAUAAUUUAUCUGCCACUCGAGCAGUUGGCCUAUAAAUGCGCUACGCACAGGUAAGAGAUCGAUCGAUUUAUCGUUUCAAACUUGUACUUAAACCAUGUUUUUAAGGGUUGUGUUGGUUGCUGCGUUGUUGUGUGGGGUUGCUUCAGCUCUGUAUUGUCUACACUGCCAGGGCACAGAAAGUAGCCAGUGUCAAAAGGGAAUUGCGGAGGAUUUCGCUUAUUGCUUCAACAAGACUAAUCCUGGAUACUGUGUUAGUUAUUGGUUCAACAAGAACGGCGUUAACACAGUCGCGAGAGGGUGUGAGUACCAUAAGUUUGGAACCGACGUCUGCGAUACCCUGAAACAAGAAAAAGGGGCGCGCGAUUGCACUUUCUGCGAUUCGGAGGAUUUCUGUAACCAGGAACUGCUGUGAACGUGUGUUAUAUUAAUUAUUUAAUUUAUGUUUUUCGUUAAUUUGGCACCAUCACUAUAGAAUUUUGUUAA